GCGGGAGUUGGACGCCGUUUUAAAAGACGCUCAGGCCCUCCACUCUUUGCUUGUGACUUCAUAACAAAGUAGGAGUGUUAGGGUCCAAGCCAUUCAACUACCACACCUUUCUGCUCGAACUCAGCAGGUCUCCUGUUGGUAAGGCCGGUUUGGACGCUGUCUUCUGCCCAGGCUGACCUCCUAAAUCACCAAAACCAACUUUCCCCUUUGCAGCCAUGCUUGAGACCAGUAGUGAUGACUUGUUCCUGCCCUCCUCUCAAGAUGAGGAGCUGGUUGACAACCUGCUUUCCAGUGAGGAGUCAGAUGUGCACAGUGAUGGUGGGAGCCUCUCCCUGGCCAAAGCCCUGCUCCCCCUGGCAGAGACCUCCUCUCCUCCCCUUAUCCCCUGGGUCUGCUCCACCCGCUACAAGACCGAACUCUGCACCAGCUACUCCGCUUCUGGUUUCUGCAAGUACGCUGAGCGCUGCCAGUUCGCCCACGGCCUCCAUGAGCUCCAUGUUCCCUUCCGCCACCCAAAGUAUAAGACUGAACUGUGUCGCAGCUACCACACUACAGGCUACUGUUACUACGGCAGCCGAUGCCUGUUCGUUCACAACCCAACAGAGCAGCGCCCCACCCUCCGUCGCCGUAGGAACGUCGCUUGUCGCACCUUCCGUUCCUUUGGGGUUUGCCCCUUUGGCAGCCGUUGUAACUUCCUGCAUGUCGAGGGUGGAGGUGUGGGCAGCAGUGUGGAGGUGAAUGAGGAGAAGACUGCGCCUGCUCCCAGCUGUCAACUCCAGCCACCGACCAAGGAGUGGAAGCCUCGAGGAGUGCUGUGCCGUACCUUCAGCUCCUUUGGAUUCUGCCUGUAUGGAACUCGCUGUCACUUCCAGCAUGUCCUCCCCAACAAGCUUAAAACCUCCAACCAGAACCAAAGUUCGCCGGGCAGUUCGGGUUUACCUUCCUCCACCUCACCGAAGUCUUCAACCUCCUCUUCUCCCUCAUCAACCUCUCCUCUUGCCACUCCAUCUUCAGAUGCCACAGCCCACAAUGCUUUUACCUUUUCUAGUGAGCACCUAAAUGACUUGCUACUGCCCCUGGCCCUCCAUCUGCAGCAGCUGGAGCAUACCAAAGCUCAGGAAAUGUGGGACAACAGGGGGCUCUAACUGGAUGAGGUUAAAGAUAAAGCCAGCAUCAGCACUCGCCACAGUUAAAUUAAGUGUGCAUGUUUUUUCUUUUUUUCAAAAAUAUGUUUUAUAUUAUAAUCCCCUUACCCUAGGGCAUUUUUAAGCUGAGGUUGUUUGAAUUGAGAGCUUUCAGCACUUCAAGUUGGACUUGAUUGAACAGUCAUGGAUCAGUCUGGAAAAGCUCCUGUCAAGAGAGGUCUCUUGAAUCUCCAGUUGCAGCUAUGAAUGUAAUUAAAUUUUUUUUAAACUAUUGUACAUACUUUAAUGAACUGAGUAAAUGUCUUACCUCAGUGUCGUGAAUAAACUAAUUUUAAACACCCAG